AUGGAUGUGAUCAAGCCAGACUCAAACCUCAUGAUUGGCUCUAUUACAAAGCCUCCAAAAAAGUCCAAGACCGGAGACAAAAGUAAACAGCCGCCAAAAAAGGCCGGCGGAAAGGCUGCGAAAGGAAAGGCCGCGAUCGAAAUCAGUGGACUUCCUACGGACACCAUGUCGAUUCAACAGCUGGAAGAACAGAUUAUCCAGCUGCGUAAGGAGCUGGAGAAGGAGCAAAAAGAGCGCAAUUACUUCCAGAUUGAGAGAGAUAAAAUACACACCUUCUGGGAGAUCACCAAAGAUCAACUGGAGGAGAAGAAAGCUGAACUUAUGACGAAGGAACUCGAAAUCGAAGAAGCUGAACAACGUCAUCAGGCUGAAACCAAGUUGUUCAAUCAGAAGGUUAAACACUUGCAGUUUGAACAACAAACCCAUAUAGCAAAACUUAAGGCAGAAGAAGUGGUUGCCACCAAACUCCAGGAAAAAGAGCUGAUAGACCUGGAGACUGAGCUGCGGAAAAAAAUGCGGGGACUGACAAUGGAUAUGCAAGAACAGAAGCUCUCCUAUGAGAACUACAUAAAAAAUCUAAACCUGAGCCACGAUAAUGAAAUCACCAAGUUGAGAAGUAAAUUUGAGAAGAAAGUACAAGAAAUCGAGGCUGGAUAUGAGAGGAAGUUGAAAAAACAGCGAGAGGAGCAAGACCUGAGGCGCAAGACUGAGUGCCAUGAAAUCAUUCAAAGGAAAACCAUCCACUCCAACACACUGAUAAAGAACCACGACAAAUCGUUCACUGAUAUGAAGAACUAUUACAAUGAAGUGAAUCGUGUGAGCGUCAACCAUAUCAGCUCACUUCAGGAGCAAGUGGAAGAGAUGAAGAAGACGGAGAAUAGGUUAAAGAGGGAGGUGGCUCAGGUGCGGGAGCAGAAUAAGCGAUUGGUUGAGCCGCUGCAGAAAGCCACGGAGGAAGCAUCCGAGCUAAAGAAGCAGCUCGCAGUCCAUAAUGUGGACAAAGCCAAACUAGCCAGAGUGAGAACACGUCUCAAAGUUGUGGAGAAAGAGCUUAAGGACCUGAAAAUGGAGCAUGUAGUGCUGGAGGAGGCAUUCAUUAUGGUGCAGCAAAAGCGUGAUGAUCUAAAUAAGAAGUUCAACAGGGUCACCCUGGAGCUGCAGCAGAAAAACGGCUUUAAGACCCUGCUUCUGGAGAAGAAACUGAACGCUCUUAAUGACACAGUGGCGGCGAAAGAAACACAGCUUAAUGAGGUUCUUGCUGCCUGUAAUUUAGAGCCUAGUGCUUUGAACAUGGUGACUCACAAAUUAGUCUCGGCUUCAGAUGUUAUGCCCACAAACUGUUGGCUGAACGUCAGACACAUGAGAAAUCUGGUGGAAACUAUGAAGGCUGACAUCGAAAAGGGCUCAUCCUACCUGGAUCAGCCGAAGAUGCUGAAAUAUCACUACAUGACACUCCAGAAACGCUACCCCCUUAACGAACAAAAUGUUGGGAAAGUGCCGAUGGCUGAGACCACUGGCCUGCCUCGCUCUCAGGAAAUAAGUGUGAUCCUGGUGGUAGUGGACCGGUUCUCUAAGGCAGGCAAAUUUGUCCCACUGCCCAAACUCCCCUCUGCCAAGGAGACAGCAGAACUUGUAUUACAGCACGUCGUAUGGGAACACAGCUUUCCCACCGAAUUAGUCUGGGACUGGGGCCCUCAGUUUGCCAGCCUGUGUUGGAGAGCCUUCUGUCGUCUAAUAGGUGCCGCUGUCAGUUUCUCAUCAGGCUUCCACCCUGAGUCAAACAGUCAGACAGAGAGGGUAAACCAGGACUUGGUUCACUCCCUCCAUUGUCUGGCCACCGUCAAGGGGAGGGUCAGACACCUGAUGUGGGAUUUGAGUAUGCCCACAUCACCCUUUGGCAUUCAGCCCAGGGCAAGUUGCCUUUCAAAUGCCUUUCGAAUACCCCCCAUGUUUGACGAGCUGGGGGGUGAGUUAGGGGUCCUGGCUGUGGAAAAAAUGGUGGCCCAAUGCCACAAGGUCUGGCAGAGGGUGAACUGCUUGGAGGGUGCUCGGAGGAGCGCUCACACGGCAAACUGUAAAAGACGUGUAGCAUCCACAUACUGCCAAGGUUAA